AUGAGACAACGAUUGCUGCUGAGCUGCGUGCUGGUGGUGGUGGGGGUGGUGGUGAUGGGUACCGUGCCCGCCCACGCCAACGACACCAAGGGGGUCGUCAUCGAGAAGAGCUUCCUGCAGUCGGUGCAAGAUUGCGUGGAGUAUCUGCGCAUUCCCCGACACCGGAUGGCGCAGUAUCUCGCCUACGAGUUCCCGCCCGACGAGGAAACCAAGUGUCUGAUCUACUGCGUCGGAACGGAUCUGCGCUGGUGGAACAACACCUGCGGGCUGCAGUUUCCGGCCAUCGUGAACUACUUCCAACCGGUGCUGGGCGAUAGGCAGUACGAGAAGCGCACCAGGGAGUGCGUGGAGCGGACGAUGCGCUCGGGCAGAGUACUGAACAAUUGCUGCCAGGCGUACGAAACGUUCCAGUGCUACUUCAAGGAGUUUGGGAACCUGGUCACCUGCCCACAGUACGUCCCGGCAACGAAGCUACAGGCCACCCAGGCCGCCCUGGACUGUCUGACCAUGCUCCGGGUUCCGGUCGAUCUGCUUCAGUGCUAUAGCCGUGGGAACGUACCCGAUGUGCCCGAAACACGCUGUAUGUACCACUGCAUCGACCUACGCACGGGUCUCUACAACUCCGAGACGGGCCUGCAGCUCCCUCGGUUCUAUGUGCGCGAUUUGGCCUCCGACGAUCUGCGCUAUCUGAGCAAGGAGACGAAAGUCUGUCGCGAUCGCAUCCGCCAGUCCGGGUGUGACGUCUGCUCGGAAGUAUACCAGACGCACCAGGAGUGUCUGGCAGGGUUGGGCGAGAACGGCUACACAUCCGGCCUGAUCACCGAGGCGGCCAAGAUCGCCCUAACGAACCUUGGUGUCUGCUGUGCUGGGCAUGUUGAACCGAGUCCGGAGCAGGGUUACAGCUACGCGUCAUACCAAAGAGUUGAGGUUCCCUGCCAAGCCUGUGCUUCGCAAGCUCCAGUAGCUAUCGUUCCUCCACCGCCGGAACAUACGACCUUCAAACCCACUCCGAAACAACCCUGUUCCUGUAAAGACAAACCACUGAACACUGUCCUACAAUCCAGACUCUAUCCGACAUCGGAGAUGGAAUCGUUCAAACCAGAUCCCUUCGCCAAGCGUCCACCGGCUAACCAUAGGCAGCAGAUGGUGUACUACCCCGCGCCAGAAGUGACUCCCUGCCCGCAGACACCAUCCCCUCAGAAGCCCAUGUUCUCUACGUUCUCCGGUCGACCGAUGGGUCAGAGACCCCAUGGACCUUAUCUCUCCGGUUCGUAUAAACCGAAAUCCCUAUAG